UCCGGUGGGGCGCGGGCGCCCUUCUGCCGGUUGCGCCGUGUGGUAGCGUGGCGCGGAGGGCCGCCUGGGCCAUUAGCGGAGCACGUCGCCGUCCGCGAGACGAGGUGAAGUGCAGUGCGAGGGCUGGAGGGGCUGAGCCGGUUUCGCUUUUCUUCACGCGUGGAGCCGUGACCAUGCUGGCGGGGGACGAGUUCAUCAGUUCCCCGCCCAAGAAGACAGUGCGGUUCGGGGGUACGCUGACGGACAUCCUGCUGAAGUACGAACGGGGUGAAACCACUGACUUCGAGCUGUUAAAGCAUCAGCUGUCAGAUCCUGACAUAAAGGAUGCACAGAUCAUUAACUGGCUGCAUGAAUUUCGAUCUUCUGUCACAUAUCUGACCAAGGACUUUGAGCAACUGGUCAGCAUUUUGCUGAAACUACCAUGGUUGAGAAGAAGCCGAGAGGUAGUGGAAGAAUAUCUGGGUUUUCUUGGCAAUCUGGUGUCAGCACAAACUGUCCAUCUUAGGCCAUGCCUGAGCAUGAUUGUAUCCCAGUUCGUUCCUCCUCGAAUAACCAUCAGAGAAGAUGAUGUGGACAUUUCAGAUUCUGAUGAUGAUGAAGAAAACCUUUCUGAAAAUUUUGAUACAUGUCACAGAGCAUUGCAGACUGUUGCAAAAUAUGUUCCUUCAACACUGCAGUUUCUUAUGCCAAUACUUGUGGAAAAAUUUCCUUUCAUUAAUAAAUCAGAAAGAACUCUGGAAUGUUAUGUUCACAACCUACUACGAGUUACAGUAUACCUUCCAACAUUAAGGCUUCAGAUUCUGGAACUCAUUGUUGAAAAGCUAUUAAAGUUGGAUGUUAGUACACCCCAGCAAGAUAUUGAAGAUGCUGAAGAAGCUGCUAAUAACUCUGAUAGUGAGGAAAAAUCUACAGAGAAGGGGCUUUUUGACAUGGAGGAAGAUGAGGAAAGAAAAGAAAACAAAGUUGUCUCUCCCAGUAGUGAGAGAAUGGCCCAUCCACUUGCAGAGCGACUGGAUAUUUUGAUGACCAUUCUGUUUGCCUAUAUUAAAGACAUUUGCCAUGUGGAUGGCAAGCUUGAUAUCAACAAGACAAAGGAUUUGUAUCGGGAUCUCGUUUCUGUUUUUGAUAAGCUCAUUUUACCAACCCAUGCUUCUUGUCAUGUACAGUAUUUCAUAUUUCACAUCUGUAGCUUAAAAUUGGGAUUGGCUGAGGCAUUUUUAGACCAUCUCUGGAAAAAACUGCAAGAUCCAAAUAAUCCUUCGGUGAUCAGGCAAACUGCUGGGAGUUACAUUGGCAGCUUCUUAGCAAGAGCUAAAUUUAUUCCAGUUGUCACAGUAAAAGCAUGCCUGGAUCUGCUGGUUAAUUGGAUGCAUAAAUACAUUGAUAAUCAGGAUACAGGGGCUAAUGCUUACUGUGAUGUAGCUCUCCAUGGGCCAUUUUAUUCCGCAUGUCAGGCAGCAUUCUAUACGCUUAUUUUCCGUCAUAAGCAACUUUUGGAUGGAAACUUAAGGAAAGGUCUGUCAUAUCUGCAGAGUUUAAAUUUUGAGCGCAUUGUCAUGUGUCAGCUAAACCCUCUGAAGAUAUGUAUACCUUCUGUUGUAAACUUGUUUGCUGCCAUUACAAGGAAGUACCAGCUGGUGUUCUGCUACACAAUUAUUGAGAGAAACAAUCGGCAGUUCAUACCAGUUGUUCGGAGUGGCACUGGGGGUGACUUUGUGCAGAUGUGCACUAACCCACUUGACAGUUUCUUCCCCUUUGAUCCCUAUAUGCUCAAAAGAUCAAAGAAGACCAUUGAUCCAUUUUAUCAGUUUUGGGAAGAACUGAGUGCUGAAGAUUUAGAGAAUCUGAAGAAGCCAAUUAAAAGGGGUACUCCUGAAGAUGAAGAUGAUGACUUUUUGAAAGGAGAAACCCCUCAAAAUGAGGGUGUGGUUGAAAUUACUCCAAAUUCUUAUGAGUCAAAUACCCGGAGCCCAGUGAGCAGCACUGGCUCUCCUUCAGACUGUCAUGCGCAAUAUCGACACUGACCUGGAGAACUAGAAGUGGAAGAGAAAAUUGCGUGCUAUUUUUUGCUCGCAAAGAGACUUUAGCUCGACUUUCUGAAAUGGCAAAUGCUUCAUCAUCAGUUUUCUAUGGAUAUAUUAAGAUAAAUUCAAAUGCUGCUAGAAAAGUCUAGAGAAUAAAUAGGGUAAUAUUUUACAAAUUUUAUAUUGAAAUGUUUUUAUGACUUCUGGGUUGUUUUUUUUUUUUAAUAGUUUUUCUUGACCUUUAAAGACUUUUGUUUAUUAACAUUUCUCUAUGAAGUUUUACAUAUUGGGUGAAAUUCUGAUCUUCCUAAUUUUUGAUUUGUGUGACCAGAAAUCCAUUAUCAGUAUUUAUAGAUUCACAGGGUUGGAAUGGACCUCAAGGAUCAUGAAUCUCCAACCCCCCUGCCACGUGCAGGGCCACCAACCUCCACAUUCAAUACUAGACCAGGCUGCCCAGGGCCCCAUCCAAUCUGCCUUGAACACCUCCAGGGACAGGGCAUCCACAACCUCUCUGGGCAGCCGUUCCAGUACCUCUCUACUCUCUCUGAGAAGAAUUUCCCUCUGACAUCCAACCUAAAUCUUCCCUUCCUCAAAACCAUUUCCCCUUGUCCUGCAAUUAUCGAUGCUUUCAAAGAGUUGAUUCCCCUCCUUUUUGUAGUCUCCCUUUAGGAAUUGAAAGGCUGCAAUGAGGUCACCCUGCAGCCUUCUCUUCUCCAGGUUGAACAAGCACAGCUCCCUCAGCCUGUCUUCAUAGGUAGAUGCUCCAAUCCCCUGAUUGUCUUUGUGGCCCUCCUCUGGACCCUCUACAAGAGUUCCCUGUCUUUCUUGUACUGGGGGCUCCACACUUGGAUGCAGUAUUCCAGAUGGGGCCUCAAAAGAGCAGAGUAGACAGGGACAAUCACCUCUCUAUCCCUGCUGGCUACCCCUCUUUUGAUGGAGCCCAGGAUACCAUUUGCCUUCUGAGCUGCAAAGGCACACUGCUGGUUCAUGUUAAGUUUUUCAUCUAUUAAGAUCCCCAGGUCCCUCUCCACAGGGCUGCUCUCAAGGACCGCUCCUUCCAGUCUGUAUGGAUGCCUGGGAUUCCUCCGGCCCAAGUGCAAAACUCUGCACUUUGCUGUGUUGAACCUCGUCAUGUUUACCCGGGCCCACCUUUCCAGCCUCUUGAGGUCCCUCUGAAUGGCAUCCCUUCCUUCUGCCAUGUCAACCACAUCACUCAGCUUGGUGUUGUCAGCAGAUUUGCUGAGGGUGCACUCGAUUCUGUCGUUGAUGUCAUUGAUAAAGAUGUUGAAGAGCACUGGUCCCCAGACAGACCCCUGGGGGAUGCCACUCGUUACCAGCCUCCACCUGGACUUAGAGCCAUUGAUUACCACCCUUUGUCUGCAGCCUUUCAACCAGUUUCUUAUCCAUCGAGUGGUCCAAUUUGGAGAUAAGGAUGUGGUGAGGGACCGUGUCAAAGGCCUUGCUCAAGUCCAGGUAAAUUACAUUGGUCACUUUUCCCUUGUCCAUUGAUGCUGUCACUCUAUCAUAGAAGUCUACCAGAUUGGUCAAGCAUGACCGGUGAACUGUUCCCUGAUGACCUUUUUUAGUUGGUUUCAAGUAAUGCUGUGAUCUCAUGAUAGGGAAGCCCCUCUGACAGUGGUUCUGCUGCACACAUCUCUGAGCUUGUCCUAUCUGGAGAACAGUGCUUAAUAAAGGCCCUUGGUAGUGGUGAGUGUAUUCAGAUGGUAAGCGUUAUUGCUGCUUAAACGUGUGGAUGACACACAGCUUUUCCAGCUAUGAAAGUUUUGAUACGUGAAGUGGUGAUUGUUGGAAGUGUUGAAAAUGAGUAGCUGAAAGUAUGAUUUGUAGAUAGUUUUAUUUGAGGUGCUUGUGAAGCACUCUGAAAAGGUAUUUAUUUUCAGGAUUUGAACUUCUCUGUGAAUGCUGAAAAUAUAAACAAACAAACCCCACAUCCCUUGUGAAAAGGAAUUGAUGUCUGCUAUUAUUGUAUUGUUUGUAUGUCAGAAAAGAGUUUCUCCAUAGAUUUUUCAUUUUUUCACUAUUAUUUUCUUUCUUGAUUAUAAACAGUGCAAAAAAUGUUAUUUGUGUAACAUAUAGUUGAAAAUUUAAUGCAUGUGGGACACAGUUAAUCUGCCCUUUUUUAGUCUGAGCUUGUAGGCUUUCAAGACAGUGCGUUUAUUCACAGCCAAUAAAGACUGAUGCAAAGAGUGCCAA